AUGGGGAUACUUUAUUUAAUCAAUCUACUUGUUUGUUCGUUAACAGUUUUUGCAAAAUAUCCUGCCGGGUGUUUGUGUCUGAUAUCUUUUGUGCUAGCGGCAUUAAGUUUUGGUUCAACUUCUUUACAAAUAACCAUCAACCCUAUCGAAAUUUGGGCUUCGCCUCAAAGUAAAUCUAGAUCCGAGAGAGAUUAUUUUGACAGUCAUUUCACUCCUUUCUAUAGAACCGAGCAAGUUUUUAUAAAACCUGUUGGCUUAAAAAAUUUUACAUACAUAUCGAACGCUAAUGAGGCACUAGAAGUUGGUUCAGUAUUUACAAAAGAAUUUCUUAUUGCCGUCUAUGAUCUUCAACAAGAAAUUUUACAAAUUGGACAAGAUUCAAAUGAAGGCUUGGACAAAAUUUGUUUCGCUCCAGUUCGCAAUAAUUUUGAUGGACCAGUAACGUUAGAUAUGUGUGUUGUGCAAAGUGUGUGGGGUUACUUCCAAAAUGAUUUUAAGAAUUUUAUUGACGCCGAUUAUAAUGAUAAUAUAAAUAAGCUUUUUGAUUGCACGCAAAAUCCUUACAACGUGCAAUGUAUGGCGCCGUUCAAAGGACCAAUCAUUCCAGAAAUAGCAUUCGGGGGUUUCUUGCUGGAGAAUAAGUUGAAAUAUGAAAGUACUGAUUAUAUGAAAUCUACUGGAUUAGUUCUGACUUUUUUGGUUAAAAAUUCAUUAAACAAAACAGAAUUACAACCAAUGUUAAAGUGGGAACAAAAGUUUCUGGAUUUCAUGAAAAAUUGGAGCAAUACCGAGUGUCCAGAGUUUGUGGAAGUCGCUUACAGCGCAGAGAGGUCAAUUGAAGAUGAAUUGCAAAGAACUUCUGUGACUGAAAUACAAACAGUGGUCAUAAGUUAUGUCUUCAUGUUCCUCUACAUAAUGUUGACUCUUGGACAAUUUAAACUAUCUCCACAGUGCUUCGUAACCAGCAAAAUAUUGAUCAGUCUCGGUGGAAUUGUUAUUGUUUUAGCCUCUGUGGCCAGCACCUUUGGAAUUUUCGGCUACAUUGGAGUCCCGACGACGAUUUUAACACUCGAGGUGAUUCCGUUCCUGGUAUUGGCAGUAGGAGUCGACAAUAUUUUCAUCCUCGUUCAAACUCACCAGAAAAAUCCCUUGCGCGCUGGAGAAAGCAUACCAGAUUACAUCGGAAGAAUUUUAUCGUCAGUAGGGUCCAGCAUUUUACUGACAAGUAUUUCCGAGUGUCUGUGUUUCUUGAUUGGAACCCUCUCGUCCAUGCCAGCUGUCAACACGUUUGCUCUGUACGCAUCAGUGGCAAUAAUCAUAAACUUUCUGCUGCAAAUCACAGCGUUUAUAAGUUUGCUCGCAUUAGAUGUGAGGCGAUCUGAGAAUAAUCGUGCUGAUGUUUUGUGCUGUUUUCCAAUAAAGAAAUCGACCACUACCCAGGAAAAUCACAGCAUUAUUCAUAAUGUAUUUUCGUACUUCCACACGCAUUUUUUGAUGAAAAAAAAUGUCGGAUUUGGCGUCAUAUUUUUUUUUAUAGCCGCGUUAGUGCUUCAUUCUAUAGUUGGGCCUAAUGUCGAAAUUGGUUUAGAUCAAAAGCUCUCAAUGUCCAAAGAUUCAUACGUUUUAAAGUAUUUCAAUUUUAUGCAAGACUUAUUAUCAGUAGGACCACCAGUGUACUUUGUCGUAAAGGGUGGAUUGAAUUACUCCAAUACAACUGUCCAGAAUGCAGUAUGUGGCGGUCCAGAAUGCAACGUAGAUUCUGUAUACACUCAAAUAUACACUGCGUCUCAACAACCUCAAAUAUCAUAUAUUGCUAAACCAGCUUCUUCAUGGAUUGAUGAUUACAUCGAUUGGAGCAAAAUUCCGGAAUGUUGUAAAUAUUUUGCUAACAAUGGAUCGUUUUGUCCUCAUAACCGAAAUGAUUGUCAGGCCUGUAACAUAAUGAAGAAUAAACCCAAACUACGGCCAAAUGCACAUAAUUUUCGUAAAUAUAUCAGCUACUUUGUGUCUGAUAUACCAAAUGAAAAUUGUGCGAAAGGUGGUCGCGCUGCAUAUCUUGAUGCAUUGAGGUAUUCGACUGACGAACAUGGAAUGAUUGAUGUUGGAGACACGUACUUCAUGAGCUACCAUACGCCUUUGAAGAAGCAGUCAGACUGGUACAACGCUCUCUCGUACGCUCGGAUCAUCGCUGAUAAUAUAACAAGUAUGAUCAACAGCGCCUCGCUGACUAAUCAAACAAUCGAGGUCUUUCCCUACAGUAUUUUUUACGUAUUUUACGAGCAGUAUCUGACGAUUUGGCAAGAACUGCUCGAGUCGAUUGGACUGUCACUUCUCGUCGUUUUCGUGACUGUUGGAAUCUCUGUUGAAUUUUGCAGUCACCUGGUUCACGCGUACCUUACUUCUACUCAAAAAACAAGAGUCGCCAAAACCUCGGAAGCUCUGACUGACAUGGGCAGUUCUGUCUUCUCAGGUAUAACAAUGACGAAAUUAAUUGGAAUAAUUGUUCUUGCAUUCGCUCAGACUCAAAUAUUCCAAGUCUUUUACUUCAAAAUGUAUUUAGGAAUUUUAAUAAUCGGCGCUUCUCAUGGAUUGAUAUUUUUACCUGCCCGACUCAAGCAAAUACUGACUCUGAAGCUCCUGAAGAAAAUGGCUUAUUUAUUAAUUUUUUUGAUCGGUGUGCUCUUUUUUUCUGUAACUGCUGAACCUACAUGUGUUUGGUACGGAGUAUGUGCAGAUCUCUCUUUUGGUCAUCAAUAUUGUCCUUACAACGGACCAGCUAAAUUAAUAAAUGACUCAGCAGCGGAACAAGUUCUUAAAAAAAGAUGUCCAGAAUUUUUUUCUGACACCGACAUAAUUGUUGCAAUGAACGAAAAAUUAACAAUGGCUGAAAUGAUACUUGGUCGCUGUAAAACCUGUUACAGAAAUUUACUUCAGUCAAUCUGUCAAUUGACUUGUGCUAAAAAUCAAAGUAGUUUUAUGGCCGAGAUAGAGAGUAAGAUUAAUAUCGCUACCGGGAAAAAGUAUAUCAAAGAAAUUAGGGUUUAUAUGUCCGAAGAAUAUGCAAAUGCGACUUAUGAGUCGUGUAGAAAAGUAAUAAACCCACAGACAGGUAAUUUGAUUAUGGACUUAGCGUGCAUCCCUUACGAAGCAAGCCAUUGUUCACCAAAAUUAUGGUUCAGUGCCAUGGGAGAUAGCAAUACUCCUAUGGUUCCCUUUCAAAUAACUUAUGUCUAUGAACCGGAUCAAGAGAAAAAUUUAACCGACCCAUUGAAUCCGCCGACUAAGUUAUGCAGUGAAGCUUACGAAAUUGGCCAGGAUUCGAAUGAAGGCUUGGACAAAAUUUGUUUUGCUCCAAUUCAAAGUGACUUUGAUGGACCAGUUACUUUAGAAUUGUGUGCGGUACAAAGUGUGUGGGGAUACUUUCAAGAUAAUUUUGAAGAAUUUAAUAAAACUGAAUUUAAAGAAAAUCUGGAAAAGUUGCUCAAAUGCAUGCAAAAUCCAUAUAUUCCAGUUUGUAGGGCUCUGUACAAAGGACCAAUUAUUCCAGAUGUAGCAUUCGGAGGGUUUCAGCAGGAUAAUAAAUCGAAAUAUGAAAGUACUGAUUAUAUAAAAUCUACUGGACUAGUUUUGACUUUUUUGGUUAAAAAUUCAUUGAACAAAACAGAAUUACAACCAAUGUUAAAGUGGGAACAAAAGUAUCUGGAUUUCAUGAAAAAUUGGACCAGUACCGCGUGUCCAGAGUUUAUGGAAGUCGCUUACAGCUCAGAGAGGUCAAUUGAAGAUGAAUUGCAAAGAACUUCUGUGACUGAAAUACAAACAGUGAUCAUAAGUUAUUUCUUCAUGUUCCUCUACAUAAUGUUGAUUCUAGGACAAUUUAAACUAUCUCCACUGUGCUUCGUAACCAGCAAAAUAUUGAUCAGUCUCGGUGGAAUUGUUAUUGUUUUAGCCUCUGUGGCCAGCACCUUUGGAAUUUUCGGCUACAUUGGAGUCCCGACGACGAUUUUAACACUCGAGGUGAUUCCGUUCCUGGUAUUGGCAGUAGGAGUCGACAAUAUUUUCAUCCUCGUUCAAACUCACCAGAAAAAUCCCUUGCGCGCUGGAGAAAGCAUACCAGAUUACAUCGGAAGAAUUUUAUCGUCAGUAGGGUCCAGCAUUUUACUGACAAGUAUUUCCGAGUGUCUGUGUUUCUUGAUUGGAACCCUCUCGUCCAUGCCAGCUGUCAACACGUUUGCUCUGUACGCAUCAGUGGCAAUAAUCAUAAACUUUCUGCUGCAAAUCACAGCGUUUAUAAGUUUGCUCGCAUUAGAUGUGAGGCGAUCUGAGAAUCAUCGUGUUGAGAUUUUGUGUUGUAUUCAAGUGAAGAAAUCAGUAUAUGAUGAUGGAGACUGUAGAAUUAUUCACAGCAUAUUUUCGUACUUUUACACGCCUUUUUUGAUGAAGAAAGCUAUCGGAAUCGGAGUCAUAGUAUUUUUUAUAGGCGCGUUAGUGCUUCAUUCUAUUGUUGGGCCCAAUGUCGAACUUGGUUUAGAUCAAAAGCUCUCGAUGGUCAAAGAUUCAUACGUUUUCAAAUAUUUUCAGUUCAUGGAAGAUCUUUUAUCAAUGGGACCACCGGUAUAUUUUGUAGUUAAGAGUGGGCUAAAUUACACGAAUACAAAUGUUCAAAAUGCAAUUUGUGGCGGUCAAAAAUGCAAUUCAGAUUCUCUUUACACUCAAAUUUUUACUGCUUCUGAACAAUCUGCAAUAUCAUAUAUUGCAAAACCAGCUUCCUCAUGGAUCGACGAUUAUUUUGAUUGGAGCACGAUUUCCGACUGCUGUCAAUAUUUUCCAAGCAAUGGAUCGUUCUGUCCUCAUACUAGAUACGAUUGCAAAAGCUGUAAUAUACCAACUGAUGAAUUAGGAUUAAGACCAGAUGCACAGAGUUUUCGUAAAUAUAUCAGCUACUUUGUAUCUGAUAUACCAGAUGAAGAUUGUGCGAAAGGUGGUCGCGCUUCAUAUCUUGAUGCAUUGAAGUAUUCGACUGACGAAUAUGGGAUGAUUGAUGUUGGUGACACUUACUUCAUGAGCUACCAUACGCCUUUGAAGAAGCAGUCAGACUGGUACAACGCUCUCUCGUACGCUCGGAUCAUCGCUGAUAAUAUAACAAGUAUGAUCAACAGCGCCUCGCUGACUAAUCAAACAAUCGAGGUCUUUCCCUACAGUGUUUUUUACGUAUUUUUCGAGCAGUAUCUGACGAUUUGGCAAGAACUGCUCGAGUCGAUUGGACUGUCACUUCUCGUCGUUUUCGUGACUGUUGGAAUCUCUGUUGAAUUUUGCAGUCACCUGGUUCACUCGUACCUUACUUCGACUCAAAAAACAAGAGUCGCCAAAACCUCGGAAGCUCUGACGGACAUGGGCAACAUUCUUCCUGAAUAUAUAAUUCCCAGUAGAACUGUUAUUAAAAAUCGUUUGGAACUUUUGUACGAGUCAGUUCGAAAUGAUAUUCUUGAAGCCUUUCAUCGCUUUCCUUACAUAUCAAUUACAACUGAUGGUUGGUCAUCUCGUUUAUCAGACUCAUUCAUGACUAUUACGGCACAUGCUAUUGAUGAUUUAUGGAAUAUGCGUUCAGUAACUUUGGACACGAAUGAAAUAUAUUUGUGUAAAGGUCUAUCAGAAUGGAAAAUAGUUGAUAAAACAAUUGCUGUUGUACAUGACAAUGCUCCAAAUAUGAUCGCUGCAAUGCGAACGAGUUCUAGUUCAAAUGUUAAAAUUGGCCAAAGUGUGCGUUGUUUCUGUCAUACGUUACAGCUGGUAAUCGAAAAAGCUUUCAAAGAAGAUACUUUUAAAAAACAUCUGCAACAAGUUUCCGGUAUCGUUGGUCAUUUCAAGCAUUCUAAUAAAGCAACAAAAGCUCUCAGCGAUGCUCAAAAAGAACAUAAUUUACCAGAUCAUUGUCUAAUUAGUUAUUGUGUAACGCGCUGGAAUUCAGCUUAUAUGCUAUGA